AUGAGUUUAGUGAUGAAGACAUGUGUUCACAGAGGGAGGAAGAGGAGAGGAGUUGGUGUGGAGGAGCAGCCGUCCAGUCAGAGCAGAACUGUACCAGCAGAUGCUGGUCUGCAGGAGGUCCUAGAUGAACACAAGACCAGUCUGAGGAGCAGAUGUGAACAUGUGACUGAAGGAACUGAUGAACCAGGAAGUAGAACCCCCCUCAACAGGAUCUACACGGAGCUCUUCAUCACAGAGGGACUGAGUGAAGAGGUUGAUACCCAACAUGAGGUGAGGCAGCUGGAGACAGCUUCCAGGAUGAAGAGACACCAUGACGCUCCAAUCAGGUGCCAGGACAUCUUUAAAGCCCUACCUGACCAACGUGGAGCCAUCAGAGUGGUUCUGACCAACGGCGUCGCUGGCGCUGGGAAAACCUUCUCGGUUCAGAAGUUCUCUCUGGACUGGGGCGAGGGCUCGGAGAACCAAGACGUCACCGUGGUGAUUCUGCUCUCGUUCAGGGAGCUGCACCUGAUCGGAGAUGAGCAGCUCAGUCUUCUCAGGCUGAUCCAGGUUUUCCAUCCAUCGUUACAGAAGCUCACAGCAGAGCAGCUGGCUGCCGGGAAACCGUUGUUCAUCUUUGACGGCCUGGAUGAAAGCAGACGUUCCCUGGACUUCAACAACGGUCCGGUGGUGUCUGACGUCACACAGAGCUCAUCGGUCAACGUGCUGCUGACCAACCUCAUCCAGGGGAACCUGCUUCCCUCAGCUCUCAUCUGGAUCACUUCCAGACCUGCAGCAGCCAAUCAGAUCCCUCAGAAACACGUGGACAGGGUGACAGAAGUACGAGGCUUCACCGACGGCCAGAAGGAGGAAUACUUCAGGAAGAGGUUCAGGGAUGAAGAGCGGUCCAGCAGCAUCGUCUCCCACAUGAAGACAUCCAGAACCCUCCACAUCAUGUGUCAACUCCCGGUCUUCUGCUGGAUCACUGCUACAGUUCUGGACCACAUGUUGACCACAGAGCAGAGAGGAGAGCUGCCCAAGACCCUGACUGACAUGUUCUCCCACUUCCUGCUGGUCCAGACCAAGAGGAAGAAGAACAAGUACCAGGAGGGACAUGAGACGAGUCCACAGGAGCUGACGGAGGCUGACAGGGACCUUCUCCUGAAGCUGGGGAGGCUGGCGUUUCAACAUCUGGAGAAAGGAAACAUCAUGUUCUACCAAGAAGACCUGGAGCAGUGUGGUCUUGAUGUCCCAGAGGCCUCGGUGUACUCAGGAGUUUGUACCCAGAUCUUCAGGAGAGAGUGUGAAGUCUUCCAGAAACCCGUCUACUGCUUUGUUCAUCUGAGCAUCCAGGAGUUCCUGGCUGCAGUCUACGUGCUCCACUGUUGCUCCACCAGGAACACAGAUGUGCUGGAGAACUUCCUGGGAGGAAACUACAGUUACUCAUCUCUGGAUAAGUUCCUAAAGAGAGUCAUGGAGAAAUCCCUGCAGAGUAAAAAUGGCCACCUGGACCUGUUUGUCCGCUUCCUUCAUGGUCUUUCUGUGGAGUCCAACCAGAGACUGUUAGGAGGUCUGCUGAACCAGACGGAGAACGAUCCAGAAACCAUCCAGAGAGUCAUCAAAAACCUGAAGAAGAUGAGCACUGACAGAUUCUUUCCUGACAGAAACAUCAACAUGUUCCAGUGUCUGGUGGAGAUGAACGACCUCUCAGUUCAUCAGCAGAUCCAAGAGUUCCUGAAGUCAGAGAACAGAUCAGAGCAGGUACUCUCACUGAUCCAGUGUUCAGCUCUGGCCUACAUGCUGCAGAUGUCGGAGGAGGUUCUGGAUGAGUUGGACCUGAACAAAUUUGUUGAUUGUGAACUCUCUGAGACUCACUGUGAAGUUGUUGCGUCCGCUCUGAAUUCCAACCCCUCCCAUCUGACAGAACUGGACCUGAGUCAGAACCAGUACCUGCGGGAUUCAGGAGUGAAGGUUCUGUCUGGUGGACUGGAGAGUCCAAACUGUAGACUGGAGACUCUGAGAUUGCAGGACUGCGGUCUGUCAGGGAUCAGCUGUUCUUCUCUGGGCUCAGCUCUGAAGUCCAACCCCUCCCAUCUGAAACAUCUGGACCUGAGUCUGAACCCCCUGCAGGAUUCAGGAGUGAAACAUCUGUUUGGUUUCCUGGAGAGUCCAGACUGCAGACUGGAGACUCUGAGGUUGGAGAACUGCUGGUUGUCCGAGAUCAACUGUUCUUCUCUGGUCUCAGCUCUGAAGUCCAACCCCUCCCACCUGAAGCAUCUGAAACAUCUGGACCCGAGCUGGAACCAGCUGCAGGAUUCAGGAGUGAAACAUCUGUGUGGUUUCCUGGAGAGUCCAGACUGCAGACUGGAGACUCUGAGCUUGCAGUGCUGCGGUCUGUCAGGGAUCAGCUGUUCUUCUCUGGUCUCAGCUCUGAAGUCCAACCCCUCCCAUCUGAAACAUCUGGACCUGAGAUUCAACUACAAGCUGCAGGAUGCAGAUGUGGAGCAGCUGUCUGGUCUGGUGCAGAGUCCACACUACCAGCUGCAGACUCUCAGGUGGGAGCGCUGCAGUUUGUCAGAGAUCAGAUGUGAUGAUCUGGUCUCAGUUCUGGAGUCCAACCCGUCUGAUCUGGAACAUCUGGACCUGAGUAAGAACCAGCUGCAGGAUUCAGAUGUGAAGCAGCUGUGUGGUUUCCUGGGUGGUCCAGACUGCAGACUGGAGACUCUGAGGUUGGAGACAUGCAGGAUGUCAGAGAUCAGCUGUUCUUCUCUGGUCUCAGUUCUGAAGUCCAACCCCUCCCACCUGAAACAUCUGAAACAUCUGGACCUGAGUGACAACUCCCUGUGGGAUUCAGGAGUGAAACAUCUGUGUGGUUUCCUGGAGAGUCCAGACUGCAGACUGGAGACUCUGAGGUUGGAGAACUGCUGGUUGUCAAAGAUCAGCUGUUCUUCUCUGGUCUCAGCUCUGAAGUCCAACCCCUCCCACCUGAAACAUCUGGACCUGAGCAGGAACCAUCUGCUGAAGGCUGCAGAUGUGGAGCAGCUGUCUGGUCUGCUGCAGAGUCCACACUACCAGCUGCAGACUCUCAGGUGUAACUUUAAAAUUAUUUCCAGAUGUCAACAAAGUGGCACCAAACAGACGACGGUGGAGCAGGUGGAUUGUUCUCAGAGGAGACGUCCUCCUAUAAUCUCUCAACACCAGUAA